ACUCAUUAUACUUUCAAGUGUUUUCGGUUGAUCUGCACAUUCUGUGUGUGGCCCAUAGCCAAAUUAGAUCCCAUUCUCAGUUCCCUUCCCGGUACUAAACAAAGCUCGACACAUCUUCCUGGAAUUUAAAACUACUCAUUCAUCUUAAUUACCGUUAUCAUUGCUGGCUUAUCGUGGUGUGUUUUACUGCUCUCAAAUCAGGGGAUUUAAAAGUGUGCAACAUCUUGGUACGAAGAUGUCGCUAUCGAAACCAGUUUACAACCUGCUCGGGGCGUACUUCGAACAGCUCUUCAACCAUCCCGUAAGGACCAAGGCCGUCACCAGCUGCGUCAUCGCAACCUCGGCUAACUUUUGUUCACAGAAAAUUGGCGGUUGCAAAAAAGUUAAUACCGAUACACUGGUUGCCUAUGGGCUGUUCGGAUUAAUUUUCACCGGUCCGUUGUCUCACAUCUUCUACCAAUGGCUGGAGCGGAUCACACAGGACAAUCGUUUCAAGCAGCUGCUGAUGCUGCUCGGCGAAAGGGCCAUCUUUGCGCCGGCCAUCACCGCCCUAUCACUGUACUUCAUCACGCGCUUCGAAGGAAAAUCCCACGAGGAUGGCGUUAGCAACCUGAACGACCUGUACAAGAUGAUCCUGACUAACAACUGGAAAUACUUAACGCUGCCGGUGUUCAUAAAUUUCAAAUUUGUGCCUCCGAUGCUACGCGUUCUGGUCGCCAACAUCAUCGGCUUCUGUUGGAUUGUCUUCCUGUCAGCCAAGCGCCGAAAGGCCGAACUUCGCCGACGACAGGCUGAGGAACAGCGAAACUCCUGAGUGACGGAGAACGUCUCUUUCUGGCCUUUCGCGGUUAUAACGGGGAAGCGCGGGAACGAUGACGAUGAUGUUGACAACUACGUGCCGCCGGAGAAGCCCACGUCAACCGAGAAGCUAGCGGGAGGCAUAUCGGUGUAAUAGUAACCAUUAAUCGAACCGGGAAGAAGCGUGGGCAGGGGGGUUUGGGUUCCGCCGGUUAGAACAUUAUAACACAGUUAGCUAAAUUGCAGAUUCGCCGAUAAUGAUAACAACAAAUAAACAGCCUUUCCAAAUUUUUGCAUGUAAGAGAGACUAAUGCGAGCGCGUGUCGGAACAAUGCCGGCGAACAGAACAAAAUAUACAUAAUUAUUUAGAGUACACAUUUCUGAUAUAGAGACAGUUCGACAAUUAACGAAUUUUGCUUCCUUGGUAAUCAAAUGCAAUAAUAAUCACGUGGGGAUUUUCCUCUUAAUUAUUCACGGUUGACUUAGGUUAGGGAGGUGCGUAAGUUUUUUUUUGUUACAUAUUGUGUUUUUUAAGUGUAGUUAUGUAAGAUGGGAAAAAUACAGCAUUUUAUAUCACGCAGAAAAAAGCAUUG